UUGCAGAGGAACCGUUGCUCCAAAGCCUUCAGCCGUGGGCCGCCGUCGCUCCCAUUCCUUCAGCCGUGGGCCGCCGUCGCUCCCAUUCCUUCAGCCGUGGGCCGCCGUCGCUCCCCGGUCAAUGACAGCAACAUUGUUGACACCUGUCAGGUGGUAGGUUCGCAGUGUCCGACCCUAAAAGCGGAGGUUUCCACCGGCCCCGGGGCAGCGGGAGCCCCGGCAGGCGGCGGCGGUGACUCUGGUACGCCGGCAUUUAAAGGCUCUCCCGCUGCCCGUCCCGUCUCUGGUCGUGGUCCACUACCUCCUCCAUGCAUUGGAGUCCUGGGCCCCAGCGCACCGGCUCCGGCUCCAGCCAUGUCGGCGAGGAAUUCAGCGGCUGGCGGCGGUGACAGAGCGGGAAGCGAACCGGCAGAAGAUGUGCUGGUUGAAGAAGAACAAAGCAGCUCUCUGCCCGGCCUGAUGACUCCAUCUUCAGUGGCUGGUAUGUCCUUGAGCAUCGAGAUGCCCAGGAAGCGUAAGGGCAGCACAGACAACCAGGACUCAAAAUCCACUUCUAUGAAUGAUGCAGAAAUGGAAGAUGACCCAAACAGGUCAGAUGGAGAGGACCAACAUGUUAAAAUGAAGUGUUUCAGGGAACCUCAUAGCCAAAUUGAAAAAAGGCGACGAGAUAAAAUGAACAAUCUCAUCGACAAGCUUUCUGCCAUGAUCCCUACCUGUAACCCCAUGUCCCGUAAACUGGACAAACUCACUGUGCUUAGAAUGGCCGUGCAGCACCUCAAAUCUCUCAAAGGUUCAACAAGCUCCUUCUCUGAAGCAAGCUACAAGCCAUCUUUCCUUCCUGACGAAGACCUUAAACACCUUGUCCUCAAGGCUGCGGAUGGGUUCCUGUUUGUAGUGGGCUGUGAUCGUGGGAAAAUAGUUUUUGUCUCAGAGUCCGUCACGAAGAUAUUAAAUUAUAGUCGGGCCGAGCUGAUUGGACAGAGCCUGUUUGAUUACAUACACCCCAAGGACAUGGGAAAAGUGAAGGAGCAGCUGUCGGCCUCUGAGCUGCACCCUCGUGAACGACUAAUAGAUGCUAAAACUGGUCUGCAGGUCCAGGCUGACCUUCCAGUGGGUGCAACACGCUUGUGUUCGGGUGCACGCCGCUCCUUCUUCUGCCGCAUGAAGUUCAACAAAAUACCUGUCAAAGUCGAACAGAAGGAGUCACAGCCCAACACCUCCAAAAAGAAAGAGUCCCAGAAGUACUGCACAGUCCAUUGUACAGGCUACAUGCGCAGCUGGCCCACCAGUCAUAUGGGAGCAGAGGGGGAGGGGGAGGUGGACAAGCAGGAUAGCUCCCACUUCAGCUGCCUGGUGGCAGUGGGACGCGUCCACUCCCACUCAUCUCCCCAGGUUAACGGAGAAGUCCGAGUUAAACCCACAGAGUUCAUCACACGCUUUGCCAUGGAUGGCAAAUUCACCUUUGUUGAUCAAAGAGCAACAACGAUUCUUGGUUAUCUUCCUCAAGAGUUGCUUGGGACUUCAUGCUACGAGUACUUCCAUCAAGACGACUUACCACAUUUAGCAGAGAGCCAUAGAAAAGUGCUGCGGAGUAAGGAAAAAAUCGAAACAAACUGCUAUAAGUUCAAAACAAAACAUGGCUCUUUUGUCACUCUGCAAAGUCAGUGGUUUAGUUUUGUAAAUCCCUGGACCAAAGAAGUAGAAUACAUAGUGUCCACUAACACAGUCAUAUCGCAUGAUCACAGUCGAACUGGACGGACGGGGAAUAAGUCUGAACAGUCCAUUAAUUCCAAGGCGUCUGAAGAAAGUUGCAAGAAGUCGCCUCCAAUCAUACCAGGCAUCUCCACCACACCCGGAGCUAUGAUUUUUGCUGGAAGCAUAGGAACCCAGAUUGCCAAUGAGCUGCUGGAUUUCAAUAGGUUGAACUCCUCACCCUCUAGUGGGAACGUCAGCCCCUUCAGUCUCCCACAGGAUAAAUCUCCACAAACUCUCAAUCAAAUCAGCAACAAUGUGCCAAACGGAGAGACAUCUGACAUGGAGGUAGCAGGAAAGUCCAGCUCAGAGAGUGAGCCUCAAGGAGCUUCUUUCUCAGGAGGAGAAUCUCUAAUGGGGGAAAAUUCCCAGCUGGACUUGGACAGUGUAGUUGGACCAGGCCUCAGUAGUCUUAGCAAUGAUGAAGCAGCCAUGGCCGUGAUCAUGAGCCUCCUGGAAACCGACACAAACUUGGGAGAAGCGGUUGACUUUGAGGAGAUGCAUUGGUCCUUAUAG